CGUUGCUUCCAAAACCCUGCUAAAGAAGUGCCAACACCAAACGCAAACCCCGCACUAGGAAGGUUACUCUUUUCUCAGCUUUUUCUUUGGCCGUUUCUAUAAUGGAAUCAUUACUUUCUUCGCCAACCCCAUUUUUUUCUUCACCAUCGAUCUUCGUCUCCAGCCAAUCCGUGUCCAACCCAAGACCCAUACUCCCAUUGCUGUAUAGAUCCAAGCCAAGGUUCGAGCCAUUGUGGUGCACGAUGGGCCAGUCCUCUGAAACCGAGACUACACCCAAGGAGACAAAGUUGUGGGGUGGCAGAUUCGAAGAGAGUGUGACGGAUAUCGUUGAGAAGUUCACUGAGUCUAUAUCGUUUGAUAAACAGUUGUAUAAGCAUGAUAUUAUGGGUAGUAAAGCCCAUGCUUCCAUGCUUGCUGAACAGGGGUUGAUUAGUGUAAGUGAUAGGGAUAGUAUUUUGCAAGGCCUAGAUGAGAUAGAUAGACGCAUUGAAGCUGGUGAAUUUGUGUGGAGAACUGACAGGGAGGAUGUGCACAUGAACAUUGAAGCAGCACUAACAGAUAUGGUUGGUGAGCCUGCAAAGAAGCUCCACACUGCUCGAAGCAGAAAUGAUCAAGUUUUAACUGAUUUUCGCCUGUGGUGCCGCGAUGCUAUUGACAGGAUUAUUGCUAGCAUUAGACAUCUCCAGGUUGCAUUGGUGAAUUUGGCUCUAACUAAUGAGGGUUUGAUCAUUCCUGGAUAUACACAUUUGCAGAGAGCGCAACCUGUUUUAUUGCAACAUCUUCUCUUAGCAUAUGUGGAACAGCUUGACCGUGAUGCUGGCCGUUUACUAGAUUGCAGAGCUAGGUUGAAUUUCUGCCCACUAGGUGCAUGUGCACUGGCUGGCACUGGCCUACCCAUUGAUAGGUUUAUGACUUCUGAUGCUUUGGGGUUCACUGCUCCCAUGAGGAACAGUAUUGAUGCAGUUUCGGAUCGAGAUUUUGUCCUAGAGUUUCUUUCUGCUAAUUCCAUCAUAGCGAUUCAUCUUUCUCGGCUGGGUGAAGAGUGGGUAUUGUGGGCUUCAGAGGAGUUUGGAUUCAUCACACCAAGUGACUCUGUUUCCACUGGAAGUAGCAUAAUGCCUCAAAAGAAAAAUCCGGAUCCAAUGGAACUUGUUCGAGGAAAGUCUGCCAGAGUGAUUGGAGACCUGGUUACCCUUCUUACAUUGUGCAAAGGACUUCCUCUUGCUUAUAAUCGUGAUUUGCAGGAAGAUAAGGAACCUAUGUUUGAUAGUGUCAAGACCAUUGUAGGAAUGCUUGAAGUGUCUGCCGAGUUUGCUCAAAAUAUUGCCUUCAAUGAGGAAAGAAUACAAAAGGCUUUACCAGCAGGCUAUCUUGAUGCCACAACACUUGCUGAUUAUCUAGUUAAAAAGGGGAUACCAUUCCGAACUUCUCAUGAUAUAGUUGGACGGUCAGUUGCGUUAUGUGUUGCCAAGAGCUGCCAGCUUCAGGACCUAAGUCUGGAUGAGUUGAGAAGCCUAAAUCCUGUAUUUGAUCACGAUGUGUAUGAGUUUCUUGGGGUAGAAAACGCAGUCAAGAAAUUCAGUUCGUAUGGUUCAACAGGUUCAGCAUGCGUAGCUGAUCAACUUGACUACUGGGUUACCAAACUUGAAAUCAACAGAACAGGACCUCAAUGAUAUAUGUGCUUGUGAUGAGCCCGUUUCUGCUUGAGAGCUAUGCUAUAAUCUGAAGCCACUGUUUAGGACUCAAGCGGUGAUCAUGGCAUCGAAUUCCGAGAGAGCAUCAAAGAUGAAACAUGCCGUUAAUGAGUGAAAUCUCAAUCAUCACUAUUGAGCAGACAUUAGAUCAAAGAAUAGUGAUAAUGGUUUUGAUUUUCCAUAAUUUCAUUUCAAACUUAUUAAGACCUUUUGCUAGGAUGUUGCUCCUGUCAAUGUAUGAUUAUAGCAAAGGGUUUAAUUCCCCAACUAAAAUUGCAUAAGUUGCAAAUAGUCUUGGACUUUAUUAUUUUUUUAUCAUUUUUAUUUUUAUUUUAAAUAAAAAGAAGCAAUAUUUGCUA